UUGUGAUCUUGGUGUAGCUGGAACAAAAAUUACUGAUUCGUUUCCUCCUUUUGCAUACCAAUUUUUCUUUUUUCUUAUUUUCUUUCUCCUACGAAAAGAAGCUGAUGAAAGUGGGGAACGACUAUUGUAUAGACCAAAGGGAUGGAAUAAAGAGGAGAGAACGAAGGAGAAAAUAAGGAAAAAGAAAAAUUGGUAUGCAAAAGGAAGAAACGAAUCAGUAAUUUUUGUUCCAGCUACACCAAGAUCACAACUACAAAGAGAAUAUCAACAGGAGAUCAGAAACCUAGGUUUCAACAUCAAUGUAGUUGAGAAGGCAGGCAACACAUUGAAGAAGAUGUUACAGCGACCAGAUCCGUUCAAGCCAGAGAACCGUGGCAAGAAUGACUGUCUAGUGUGUACAACGGGGGAAAAAGGACCUUGUGGUGGACAUGGAGUGACUUAUGAUAUACGAUGCAAUACUUGUAAUGAUGUUUAUCUGGGCGAAACGUCCAGAAGUGCGUACAUGUCAAGAUGUAUGAAAAGUUAA